GUUGCGAUGGAUUUUCAGAAUAGAGCUGGAGGUAAAACCGGUAGUGGUGGCCAAGCAAGUUGGUCCGAAAGUAAUCGGGACCGUCGUGAGAGACUUCGACAACUUGCACUCGAAACGAUUGAUUUGGCAAAAGAUCCAUAUUUUAUGAAAAAUCAUCUCGGAUCUUAUGAGUGUAAAUUAUGUUUAACUCUUCAUAAUAACGAAGGAAGCUAUUUAGCUCACACACAAGGAAAAAAGCAUCAAGCAAACUUAGCUCGACGAGCUGCUAAGGAAGCGAAAGAGGCUCCUUCACUACAACCGGAAAAGCCUCGUGUUGAGCCAAAGAAGUUCGUAAAAAUUGGUAGACCCGGUUAUCGAGUAACAAAGCAAAGAGAUCCUGAAAGUGGACAGCAAUCACUUUUAUUCCAAAUCGAUUAUCCUGAAAUAAGUGAUGGCAUUGUACCACGCCAUCGUUUCAUGUCUGCUUAUGAACAGAAGAUUGAGCCGCCAGAUCGUAAAUGGCAAUAUCUUCUAUUUGCUGCUGAGCCUUAUGAAACAAUUGCUUUCAAAGUACCAAGUCGUGAAAUAGAAAAACAGGAAGGAAAAUUUUGGGUUUAUUGGAACAAAGAUACAAAACAAUUUUUCCUACAAUUUGCUUUCAAGAACGAUCCGAAAAUGAUGCCAAUGCGUGGUCCUCGAGGUGGAGGCAUGUUUAUCCCUGGUCCAGUACAUACUAAAAUGGCAGUUCGUCCAGCAUUCAAGCCGAAGAUUCUCAAAAAGAGAACAAAGAAGUUCAUCCGUCACCAGUCAGACCGAUAUGUUAAAGUUAAGGAGAACUGGCGUAAACCGAAAGGUAUUGACAAUCGAGUGAGACGUCGCUUUAAGGGACAGUACUUGAUGCCAAACAUCGGUUAUGGAUCAAACGCAAAGACCCGCCAUAUGCUCCCAAAUGGCUUCAAGAAAUUCAUCGUUAACAAUGUCCGCGAGUUGGAGGUGUUAAUGAUGCAAAAUCGCGUAUAUUGUGCAGAAGUUGCACAUGCCGUUAGCGCUAAGAAACGCAAAUUAAUCUGCGAACGUGCAAAGCAAUUGGGAAUCCGUGUGACAAACUUCCACGCCAGAAUGCGUUCACAAGAGAACGAGUAAAUACAAUUGGUUCAUUUUAACAAAUGCUGAAUUUCCAUCAAUAAAAAAUUAAAAAAUAAUUUCUCUUGUUUUAUUUCUUUGUGCUAUGUCCAUUGCUAAUCGAAAUAAAUCGAUAAUCGUUCAAUAUUUAGCAACAAUGUAACUCGACAUUAUUUUAAAAUUCAAUUACUUUCCAGGUG